AUGACUGAGUUUAAAGAAGUAUACUCAUAAUGUAUUUAGGAUAAAUUCUUUAAUAAAUCUGGAGAUUCUGAAGAUUCAGCUGACAAAUUAAGAAAGAAAAUUCAAAAAUCUAAACAUUAAGGGGGUAUUACAACAUCUUCUAAGAUUCGAGAAAUGUUUAAAAAGUAACAGUUCAAAGAGAUUGUUAAUUGGGCUGAAAAAGAUUCUUCAAAUACAAUUAUUCAUGAAUAUGAUGAGAUUAAGGUGAAUUCACAAACUCUGUAAGUAGGAUAAAAUGCAUUAAUUAAAAAUGCCAACAAUCCAUCUGAAGAUUAUGUAGGGAAAAUAUAGAGAAUAAUUACAAUAAAUGAAAAUAAAUCAUCAAAACUUAUUUGUCUAUGUGAAGUUAGAUGGUAUCCACGAUAGUCAAUAAUAGGUUUUAUCGUAAAAGUGAAGUGAUUAAAUUUAGACCUUAGGCUAAGAGUUGGAUAUCAAACAGUGAAGUCUUUAGUACUACUUGUACAGAUUAUAUAUUGGCAUCAGCCAUUUUAUCUCCUUGCAUCAUAUACUCUUUAGAAGAAUAUGAAAGUGCGUAAACUUUGGAUAAAUGCACAUUUUUUACAAGAUUAGGAUGGAUACCAAGUAAAAAUAGAUUUGAGGGUUUUAUGAAAUUAUAGAAUCAUUGCACAUGUAAAUAACCAUUAAAUCCUGAUUUGCCUUCAAUUUAAGUAUUGAAUCCAAAAUAUUUAGUGUGAUAAAUGUCAGAAAUGGUAUCAUAUGAAUUGUGUUGGCGUUACUAAAGCAGAUUAUGAUUAAAAAGACUAUAUCUGUGGAUGUUGUAGAUGA